AUGGUCUACACAGCAUCGUUCGCUUUCUUCGAGGCGCUCUGGGAGUACGGCGUCAGCCAUGUCUUCGUCAACCUCGGGUCGGACCAUCCCUCUAUCAUAGAGGCUAUCGUCAAGGGCCAGAACGAGAAGAAAGGACAGUUCCCCAAGAUCAUCACAUGUCCCAAUGAGAUGGUCGCCCUCUCCAUGGCAGACGGAUAUGCCAGACUGACGGGCAAACCUCAAUGCGUCAUCGUACACGUCGAUGUUGGGACUCAAGGCCUCGGGGCCGCCGUACACAAUGCUUCAUGCGGUCGCGCACCUGUCCUUAUAUUCGCCGGCCUGUCGCCUUUCACCAUCGAAGGCGAGAUGCGCGGCAGCAGAACCGAAUACAUCCACUGGAUACAAGACGUGCCGGACCAGAAGCAGAUCGUGGCGCAGUAUUGCCGAUACACUGGCGAGAUCAAGUCGGGCAAGAACGUCAAGCAGAUGGUCAAUCGGGCCUUGUCUUUUGCCAUGAGCGACCCCAAGGGGCCUGUCUAUCUCUAUGGUGCCCGUGAGCCCAUGGAAGAGGAUCUGACACCCUACAAGCUGCAGAUGGACUACUGGCAGCCCGUCGAGCCGGCUGCUCUUCCUCCAAAGGGCGUCAAGACGAUUGCUGAAGCCCUAGUCAAUGCUCAGGAGCCGCUCAUCAUCACUGGAUACUCGGGUCGAAACCACGAUGCAGUGCAUGAGCUUGUGCGGUUGGCCGACAACGUCAAAGGCAUACGCGUGCUAGACACUGGCGGAUGUGACAUGUGUUUCCCGGCGAACCACCCAGCUUGGCUUGGUCUACGAUACGGUAAUGACCCCGCCAUCAAGUCCGCCGAUGUCAUCCUAGUUCUUGAUUGCGACGUGCCGUGGAUCAACACUCAAUGUCAUCCCAAAGAGAAUGCCAAGAUCCUUCAUAUCGAUGUUGAUCCCCUGAAACAGCAGAUGCCCGUCUUCUACCUAAACGCCAUACAACGCUACCGAGCUGACUCGUAUACCUCGUUGACCCAGCUCAACGAAUACCUCGAGUCGCAGCUCAAGGAAAAGCUUUCUAGCCAGCUCUUUAGCCAGCGGUGGUCAGCGCUGCAGGAGUCGCACAAGAAGAAACUUGAAGGCAUCGCUGGUGAGGCCAAGGUUGAUGAGAACGGCCAUUUUAGCACGCCAUACCUGUGUUCCCAACUCAAGAAGCUCUGCCCGAAUGACACCAUCUGGGCCAUCGAGGCCGUUACCCAGACUGGCUUUGUUGCGGAUCAGAUCCAAGCCACACUUCCAGGCUCAUGGAUAAACUGCGGUGGUGGAGGUCUUGGUUGGUCUGGAGGUGGCGCGCUUGGUGUCAAGCUCGCGACCGACACAGAAGGCAAGAAGCAAUUUGUAUGCCAGAUUGUUGGCGACGGCACAUACCUCUUCUCCGUCCCUGGAUCAGUAUACUGGAUAGCGCAACGCUACAACAUCCCCAUCCUUACUGUCGUACUGAACAACAAGGGCUGGAACGCACCGCGAAGGUCUAUGCUACUAGUACAUCCCGACGGAGAGGGCUCCAAGGUCAGCAAUGAGGAGCUCAACAUCAGUUUCGCGCCGACUCCAGAUUACUCAGGCAUCGCCAAGGCGGCAAGCGGUGGGCACAUUUGGGCUGCGCAUGCGAGUACUGCGGACGAGCUUAGCAAACUACUUCCAGAAGCCAUCAAGAGCGUACUCAGUGGAACAUCGGCAGUUUUGGACGCGCACCUCGAGGGACCAGAGGGCAAAUACGGAGGUGGUAAGGGUCGUCUGGGUUAA